UCAUCGUUCUGGGUUCCAUCUUCUUAUCGCCGACUUUUGAACCAUGUCGUAGCGUAUUAAAUCUUUAAUUUUACAUUAUUGUUAGCUAAUUUACUUAACUAGUGCUAGCACAAAGUUCCUAAGGUAGUGAUAUUAAACUUAAUUUUCAUAUUGUGAUUUUCCCAACGUUUGUUCGUUUAGAUCCAGAAAGAUAAGUAGCAUUGUUUUGGAUACCGAAAUAUCUGACUGAUACAAAAUGGUGCGUGGAAAGUCAUCGCGGAACGGUAACACCAAAAGAAACCGAACCAGCUUCCAGGAGGAGAAAAUCAAUGUCAAAAUUCGGGAACUGGACAUAUUGGCCGACAGCUCAUUGACUCGGCUGGAAUCGGAACUGACGGAUAUGAUGGACAGCCUUACCCAGUCGAUUCGAACCACCAUAAAUCGCAUACCGAAACGUAUACUACAGAUGCGGAUGUCCGAUCUGCGUUUGAUCGGGGUAAGCACGAUCGAAGAAUUGGAAAAAUUGGGGUUGGCCGAAACCGCACCCCUAGAUAUGAUGAACAGUUACCUUAGCCAAACAAGCCAAUUUUCCAAUAGUUUCGAUCCAACAGCACCACCAGAGAAAAACAAAGGCAAAAAGUGGUCCAAAACGGAUGAAGGCUACAGCACCGAGGAUAGCGCAAUAAGCAGCAUUCCUUCAGAAACCCUAUCACUUGCCCCUAAACAAACUCGUCCAUACGGUCCUUUAGCUUCGGCUAUAAAGAAUCGACGUCGCAGUAAAUCGCUGGUUUCGUCACACACAACGCCGGCCAAAAACCAGUCCACGCUGUUGGGAAUAAAGACCAAGAAAACCUUCGGCAAUGCGGCGCAAAGUUUGUUUAGUGAAAAUCUUCGUAGUUCUCGCUCCAAGCAUCGCACCCCCAACCCGGCCGCGACAGCCAGUCGCCUUCAAACGGUGAGCACUGAUCGUGGUCUCAGUAUGAUUACCCUCAAAGUUCAACCCAACACUCCGAUGGCCAUCAUGCGUCGGGCUCGCAUUGGCGAAAGUAUCUAUUCGGUUACGGGCAGCCCGGUCAUCACCAGCGUCAUGGCCGGAGACAUGGCAAACGUCAACAUUCCGAUUGCUGAUGGGUUCCUCUCGAUUCGUCCCACCGAGAUGGAAUGCGUGGACACAGCCAUGCUGAAGAAGAUCGACUCCGACACGCUGGAGCAUCUCAAGAAACUGCAGAUGAAUCUCAACAAAAUAAUGGAGGUUGCGGAGGCUCACAACUUUCAGAAGUUGUAGAAAUAUUGUGAUUCUUUCACACUUGUUGCUUAUACAAAAUAUGAUGAUUGCUCAAUUUUAAUUAGAUUUAUGAAAUUUUUGUAAAAAAAGACUGAAUGGUAAUAAACA